GCCAACCCCUGCUACUGUCAUGGCGUCUCUCUUGAAGGGGGUUUGGUCCUGGAGAGAGUAGCUGUGCUCAUUUAGCCAUUUCCCCCGACUUUAGAGCCGCGAACCCUGCCAGAGGAGGACGUUAGGACCGUAGAGCCACGAUGGGAACAGUCCACGCAAAGAGCCUGGACCCUCUCCCGAUGCAUGGGCGUGACGUCGGCUUAACUCCUGAUGACCUCAUGGAACCUCCGGAGCCCGAGCAGGAAGCCAAACAGGAAAUCCUGGAAAAUAAAGAUGUUGUGGUGCAGCAUGUGAACGUUCAGGGUUUGGGUCGGACUAAAGAGGACCUCCUGGGAUACGAGAUAUCUGAUGUGUUUCAGGCCAAAAACCUCAUCGAUGUGAUGAAGAGGGCUCAUGUGGCCCGACAGAAGCUGCUUAGACUCGGAGUAUUCAAAGACGUUGAGGUGCUCAUCGACACUUCAGAAGGAGCAGACGCUUUGCCCAACGGUCUGGAUGUGACGUUUGAAGUGACCGAGAUCAAGAGGAUCACAGGGAGCUAUAACACUAUGGUCGGCAACAACGAGGGCAGCAUGGUUCUGGGCCUGAAGUUACCUAACAUGUUUGGCCGUGCAGAGAAACUGACGUUUCAGUUUUCUUAUGGGACGAAGGAGACUUCCUAUGGCCUGUCUUUCUUCAAACCACAACCCGGAUUCUUCGAACGCAACCUAACUCUGAACGCUUACAAAGUGACAGGGCAGUUUCCCUGGAGCUCCUUAAAAGAGACAGACAGAGGCAUCGCUGCAGAGCUCAAUUUCCCUGUGGGUUGGAGCAGUCACUCUCUGAAAUGGGAGGGCGUGUGGAGGGAGCUGGGAUGUUUAGCGCGGAGUGCGUCCUUUGCCGUCAGAGAGGAGAGUGGACACUCGCUCAAAUCUGCACUUUCUCACACAAUGUCCAUAGAUUCAAGGAAUUCUGCAAUCUUCCCUAGCAGAGGUGCCUUACUGCGGGUCAAUCAGGAGCUGGCUGGAUACACCGGAGGAGACGCCAGUUUUCUCAAAGAGGAUUUUGAACUCCAGCUCAACAGACAGCUCUUCUGGGACUCGGUGCUGUCAGCAUCGUUCUGGGGAGGAAUGUUGUACCCACUCGGAGGGCAGCGAUCUUGUAUCGCAGACAGAUUUUACCUGGGAGGUCCCACCAGUGUUCGAGGAUUUGGGAUGUACAGUAUCGGACCACAGAGCGAAGGAGAUUACCUGGGUGGAGAGGCGUAUUGGGCGGCGGGGCUACACCUGUACACGCCCCUCCCCUUUAGACCGGGCAGAGGAGGAUUUGGAGACUUGUUCAGGACACACUUCUUCCUCAAUGCCGGAAACCUCUGCAACCUCAACUACGGAGAGGGGCCGCGGGCACACCUGCAGAAGUUGGCUGAGUGCAUUCGCUGGUCAUACGGAGCCGGAAUCGUCCUGAGACUCGGAAAUAUCGCCCGACUGGAACUCAACUACUGUGUCCCUAUGGGAGUACAGAGCGGAGACAGGAUAUGUGAUGGAGUGCAGUUUGGAGCAGGGAUCCGCUUCCUUUGAUGCUCCUCAUCCUCUUCCUCCUCUUCCUCCUGGAUUUGCGUUUGAUUUUUGCACCAGUUUUGGACCAGAGCAAUACCAUGAAAACUACGUCACAUACCUGCAUAUUUUAUUUUAAAGGGGGGUAUUCUGCAACACUGACUUUUAUGAGCUUUCUACCACGUUUUAACGUUCCCUCAUCAAAAACAUGCCUGAAGAGGUUUUAGAUGUCAUCCAUGCAUGUUUGACUAAUAUAGUGAUCUCUCCUGGGCCCUAUUCAAACCCUCCGUCCGGUUAGCCUGUACAAGGCCCCACACACACAUCCUUACCCAUGAUCCCACAUGACAAUUUUCCAUAAAUUUACAAAAACAUACAAAACUGUACACAGCAACUUGACAAACCUUGAUGUGCAGUAGUUUUGUUGACGGGAUGCACGCCAAUUGUGUUGUGAUGGAGUGACUUAAUAAGAGCAAAGGAGGGCAUUAAAAAAUGAGCUUACAAAACAUGUUAAUAGGUUGUGUUCGUUUUUGUUAGAAGUUAAUACUCAACUGAAGUAAAAUACUCCCUCUUUAAAGUUCACUAUGUAACUUAUCUCAGUAAAGUUAUUGCUUUGCCUGGAAUGUUCCACAGUACACCAUUAAAUGUAUUUAUCUUGCAUUUAUUCAAUCACAGAUGUUGUAAUAACUAAACAAUAAAUCUAAAAAGGUGUUUUUUUUCUGUGAGUAGACUCGCCUCUCCACAGAUCUGACUAGAAACUAUGCCUGGUACAAAAUGUUUCAAAGCAUCUGUUAAAUGUUUCUGAAACCUCGAAAUCUCCAUGACACAGUGAACCUUUAAUUCUCAAGCAUUCAUGCAGCACCAUAUAUAUAGAAAUGUCUCCAAGCAUAUCAUUCCUAUCUGUAUCACUAAAGUUGCACUGUGAACUUUUCUAGUCAGGAGUCUGCCACUUGCUUGUGUCCAUGGAGAUGCCAUUGUUUUGCCUUAAAUUUCCACAGCAUGGCAUUUUGAGAGGGAGGAUUAUGCUAACUUGAUUUUUGGAGCUUUCGCACAUGUUGUAACAGUGUUCCCUCAUCAAAAACAUGCCUGAAGAGGUUUUGAUGUUACCAGCAUAUUUGUAAUCUAGCGAUCUCUGACAGGCCCUUUUCAAACCCUCCUUACGCAUAGCAGUAAGAGCCUGUACAAGGCUCCGCCCACAAGUCUACAUAACCCAUGCUCCCAGUCAAUUCUCCAAUAAACUUGAAAAAGAUUAUAUAAAACUGUACACAGCAACUUGACAAACCUGAUGUGAUGUGUUGUGAUAGAGUGACUUGGUGUGGAGAGCAUCAAAAGUGAAAUUUAUAAAACAUGAAUACGUUGUUUGGGGCGAUUAUAGCAUUUUCAAAACAAUAAAAUGUAACCUUUUAAAUAUGUUAAGUGUUACAGUUAAUACAGCAUAGAAGUAAAAUAACCUAUCGAAGUCAAAUACACCCUCAACAUGUAUAUCUUACAGUGCUUUACUGGGGGUAUUUUUAUUACACAUUAAAAACACAUUGAAACACAUGCAUUAUUACUGUGAGCGGGGUCACCUCUCCACAGAUCUCACCUGUAACUGAUGGUCUUCCCUGCUUUUCUCUAUAGAUGGAUGAGUUUAAUGCCAUACUGUAGAUUAUGGACAUUCCAGACAAAGCACUAACAUUUCCAUGGAGACAAGCAGGUGGCGGCUGUACCCUCCACCAAGAAAAUUACGCAGUGCACCUUUAACUUCGAACUUUACAUCAGAACACAUAACCUAAGUCCAUGGGUUGGAGCAUGACUGGUCCCUGGUAUUCGAAACUCCACUUAUUUUAAAUGUGUUUGGAUGAAGCAUUGUGAAACAGAGCAGAAGAUCCAGCACUUUUCAGGUAGAUUUAAAAGGCCAGUGCCAGAUUUCAAACCAUGAAACUUUAACCCCGCCCACUUAGGCCUUUAUGUCUAUGUGAGCAUAGACUGUGUAUAUAAAUUGACAUGAAAGGUCAUAGAAGUCAGUCUUAUGUAUGGUAAGCCCUUGAACAACAUUCACCACAGAAUGCAUGACGUUAAGAGCAUUUAUCUUCACUAGAGUUUAUUCAAAUCUGGUACAGGCCCUUUAACUUCACAUAAACUCCAGGCUGUGUUAAAGCUGUUCUGGAGAAGUUAUUUUGGGCACAGAGUUGAGCUGUCCCACCACUGCUGUCCUCUUACCAAACAGUCUAUGGGGGUAUUUCAUGGAGCGAGCUAAAGCCUGACUUAUUUUGGCAAUCCAGGGUCAUCAAAUCCUCAGUUCAGCUCCAUCAAAGUGACUAAUCAGUGGCUGGAGUAACAAACAUCUGGGCACAAAACUGGCCAGGAACAGGCUAACUGUCCAGAUUAUUUUAGUUUUGUCUCCAAGAACAUUUUUCCUGUCUCUCUCCCCUUUCCCCCAGUCUCUCUCUUCUCCUCUUUUCCCCAGUCUCUCUUGCUCCUCCCUCACCACAUUUCUCUCCUCUUUCCCUCAUCUCUUCCUCUCCUUCUUCAUUGAGUCUUUCUCUCUCCUCUUUCCCCAGUGUCUCCAUCACGUUUCUUAGUCUCCUCCCUCAUCAUAUCUCCUCCCCUCUUUCCCCGUCGUCUCCCUCAUCAUGUCUCUCUCCUCCAUCAAGUCUCUCCUCCUUCAUCAAGUCCCUCUUUCCCCUUGUCUCUCUCUCUCAUCCUUCCUUCAUCACGUUUCUCUUUCCUCCCUCAUCACGUCUCUUUCUUCACGUCUCUCUCUCUUCUUCAUAAUUUCUCUCUCUUCCUUCAUCAUGUGCCUAUCUCUCUUUCCGGCUCCUCUCGUUUAGUCAGAUCAUAAAAACAUCAGACAUUGAGCCCAUUUUCCUUUGAUCUGUCACAGGCAAACCGCAUCUUAAACCUCGCGGGUCAGACUCGAGGCUUUAGAUGCAGAUGGAGUUCAAUUUCAGGAUACGUCUGGACUUGUUACGACACUGUGAUGUAACACCCCUGUGGCCCUUUCUCACUUUUUCAUGUUGUAAAAAGUUUGAAUAAAGCUGCUCUCUCAACUUCAUUCAUGACAGUAAAUGUGUAGUGCAAGUAUUUUAUUGGGAACAA